CGCUAAGUGUUGCACACGCCAUCUUUUUUUUGGCCGCGUGGCUGCAAGGUUGAAAGGUUUAUAAAUUGCUGUCGCUGAUCGUAUCAUUCUAGUCAACGUCGUUCAACGAAACCAACGAGGUGAAACCAAAUCUUGCCAGUGAAGUUUUCCGAAGAAAUUUUUUCUAUUCGUUAUCAGAUCAUGAAUUCAACAAGAGAAUUUGAAACACAAGGUUUUGCUACUAAAGCUAUUCAUGCUGGUCAAAGCCCGCAACAAUGGAACCAUGGUGCAGUUGUGCCACCUUUGGUAAUGUCGACAACAUUUGAGCAGGAUGCUCCAGCUCAGCACAGAGGCUUUGAGUAUGGUAGGAGUGGCAAUCCAACACGCAAUGUACUGGAGGCAUGCCUUGCUGCUCUAGAAGAUGGCAAACAUGGUAUUACAUUUGCAUCUGGCUUAGGUGCAACGACUGCAAUUACAGCUUUGUUGCAAACAGGAGAUCAUCUCAUUGCUGGAGAUGAUCUCUAUGGUGGGACUAACCGUCUUAUUCAAAAAUGUUUAAGCACUCAAGGCAUCACAUAUUCUUUCGUAGACAUGACUAAAAUAGAGAACCUCACAAGCGCCAUAAAACCAAACACAAAGAUGAUAUGGCUGGAAUCGCCAACAAAUCCUUUACUGAAAGUUACCGAUAUUAAAGCCAUCGUUAAUAGCGUAAAGCCUCAUCGUCAAGACAUAAUUAUCGUCGUCGACAAUACAUUUUUAACAUGUUAUUUUCAAAAGCCAUUAGAAUUUGGUGUCGAUAUAGUGAUGUAUUCAAUGACCAAGUAUAUCAACGGUCACUCCGAUGUAAUUAUGGGCUCUGCGAUAACUCGCCGAGAUGAUCUCGCGGAAAGAUUAAGAUUUUUACAAAAUGCCAUGGGUAUUGUUCCAUCACCUUUUGACUGCUCUUUGGUCAACCGUAGCUUAAAGACAUUGGAACUGAGGAUGAAACAGCAUAUGAAAAACUGCCUAGCUGUGGCAAAGUUUCUGGAGUCUCAUCCUUGCGUUGAACGAGUAUUUCAUCCAUAUCUUCCAUCACAUCCCCAGUAUGAACUGACGCUUAAGCAAACAACAGGUCACAGCGGAAUGGUUUCCUUUUACAUAAAGGGCGAUGUAAAAAAGUUUUUCAAAGCAUUAAAAGUCUUUACUUUAGCCGAAUCGUUAGGAGGCUAUGAAUCGCUAGCUGAAUUACCAUCUGUUAUGACCCAUGCAUCUGUGCCUGAAGCUGAACGCGCGACAUUAGGCAUAACAGAUAAAUUAAUCAGGUUAUCUGUUGGUCUCGAAACAGAGAAAGAUCUCAUAGCUGAUCUUGCACAGGCAUUAGCUGCUUGUCAAUGAAUUAGCAAACGUAAUACUUAGAUAAGUACAAAAAGAAUAAUAAUGAAUAUUCUUAUUCAUAUGUAUGUAUAUAUUAAUUCUGGUGAUAUACAGUUGAUAUCGUAAACCUCUACACAUCAGGCAUUUUCAUAGACCUACAAAUACUAUCUACAAGUAUUGUAUAUAAAGAGAUUUUAUUUUUAUCAAACAUUUUUACAUUCCACCACUCUCUCAAAUUUACAUUAGAAAUAUAAUACAAUAAUCAAAUACUUUUUGACACAUGUACAUUACUCAUUCCAAUUUCUUUUGGGUUUUUAUGUACUUGCAUCAGGCAUAUUUAAAUAUGUGCAAAUAUCUUAAGUUCAAAAACAAUAAUUUUAUUAUUCUUUUAGAACAACAUUUUUAGAUCAUAGAAAUUAUAAACAGCAAAAAAAUUGAUAGAUUUGAUAAACAUAAUUUUCGAUUGAGCAUUUCUUAACAUAUUUCUGAUGCUUGUAAUGUAUAUUAUCCCACAUUCUUGAAUGAAAUACUGCUGUAUAAAAAUUCGGGAUAUUAUUUGUACUAUGAAUAUGCAAUAGAUUUGGUGCGAUAACACACAUUUCUUUCUUCACAUGUAUAGAUGCUCGUCUUGUCCUGGUUUGAAAACUUGUCUUACUGUAAAUUGAUCUUCGACGAGUGUCGUAACUUUGUUCUAUUCAUCUUGUCGUAUUCUUGCGCCCGAUUGUACAGCAACACUCCCGCUAUAACUGAGGAAGUGCCGAGCGCCGAUAAUCCCGUCACCGGAUUAUUAAAUAAUAAAACGGAGAGCCAUAUUAAAAAUGCUCUCUUUGCGGUAUUAGCAACACUACAAUAGAAUUUUCUACUUUAAAAUCAUGUGUGUAUGAGGAAUACAUUUUUAAUACACAGAUAAAAAAUAUUUACAUACCUGUGUGUUACCGGGCUGAUAUAGUCCAUAAGUACAUAAGCAGUGAUACUUUGAAAAUGGAAGAACACUCCGUUGAGAAGGAAUGCCGCGAAUAAUUUAAAGCUCAGGGAAUGCUCGAGUGUAGGUAGAUCGACCAAUAAUAUCGAUACUGGUAUUUGUACGACGAUUGACGCUAAACUGGUAUAAAACUGUAAUUCUGCUGGUCUAAAAAUAAUAUUUUUUUCUCCUUU